AUGGAAGGGAAAUGUACAGACUCGGAUGAAAGCGACCCUGGGACUAAGUUCGCGCUGAACCUAGCGCUGGUUCUCGGCAGCGCGGUGGCGUUCUGCCCAUCGACCUACGGGGCGACGCCUGGCCAAAGCUUCCGCUGCGUCAAAGACGUAGCCUGCGCCAUCGCCGUGUCGGGGACUGCCCUCGCAGAAUCUCAUCGGGUCCAACUUUUGCCGGCCGGAAGCACAUGUGGAGCAGACGUCUCCUUUGUCGAAACCUUCCCAAAUGGGCGGAUUUCGGCGAGUGUGUUAAUGGCCUCCGCCACUCAACGCGUCUUCGAAUUUGGCGUGGCUUACCAGGAGGGAAGCUUCCUGGUUUGCUUCUGCCCAGCCUAUGACUCCUCGGACGACUCCGAUGUGUCGAAGUGCAACUCCAAUUCAGAAUACUGCCAGGAUGCAGGUCUGCUGCGGGUCUCCGGCGCCGAAUCGGCAGACAUAUUUCACUGUGUGAAGGGAGCUUUCUGCACCUUCAACAUCACUGGGGACAUGCUACAAAGUGGGGACCAUGUACAGCCCAUCGCCUUUGGCGGUCGCUGUGGCUCUGCCUCUGCAGUUUCCGACUUCGGCAUCCUGCGGCCUCAGGCAGCCGGCACCGUGGACACGUGGUCGGAUGAACAGGCUUUCAGUUUCGGCAUUGCCAACAGCGGCGGUCGCUAUGAAAUCUGCUACUGUGCAAACUACGACACAUCAGAGAGGACGAACAGCUACGACGCAGCAUCUGGCGCCUAUACUGCCUGCGACAGUGUACAUGGUGCUACUGGGGGUGAGGCUUUCGAGUGCGUGAAGAACACGCACUGCAGCUUCACGCUCUCUGGCUUUGGCUUACAUGGGGACGACGAGGUGGCGGGUUGUGAAGGGGCGUCACAGUCGCUGGGACAUUCCUCCGCCAAGCUGAAGCUCGGAGUGAGCGAGCGAACUGUUCUGGAGCUGGGGCUUUCAGAGACAGUGCAGCACAGGAGUUUCUUUGAAGCUGCACUUCCCCGAGGUUAUUGUGCAUCGUAUGAUGGCCCCGACGAAGACCUCUUAAGUUGCUCAUCGGACUCCGACUUUACGCACGAGGCUGGCUCCCUCGAAGUGCGCGGGGCUUUCGGCGCACAGAGCUAUGCUUGCGUCAAGGAUGUGAAUUGCUCCGUCGAUGCGUUGGGCUUCUCGCUGGACGGCGACAGCCAUGUGCAGAUGGUGCGUUCAUCUGGGCUUUGUGGCUUCAGUGUUGUUGUUACGGAAUUUGGCGCGAGCCGUGUUGCGGCCACCAGCGGAAACUCCAGCUACCGCAGCUUCGACUUGGCGGAGGCCACCGAGGCCGGCCGAUAUGUGGUCUGCUAUUGUGCUGACUACAGCGCUGCCGCCGGAGCGCAUGCAGAUGCGGCGACCUUCUGUACCCAGGAUGCGGAGUUUUCCCAUGCUGCCGGCACCGUGGUUGUACGAGGUCCCAUGGGUGGCGAGGACCAGGUCUGCACGGCGGGAGUCCCCUGUGUCCUCGGUACCUUCCAUGGUCAGGGUCUGGCCGUUGGCAACCGCAUUGCUUUCGUCCUCCGACAGAUCUAUGGUUCUGCUGGCCUCGUGGAGGUCGCCAUGGACAGCCGGGGCAACUGCCAGACGCAGGGGAGGGAUGAUGAACAAGGCAAUGGGGCAAGUUACACGGGGGCGACGCUCGACAGCCGCAGCCUGGCGGCCUACACAAUGGCACAGGGGCAGCCUCCUGGCUGCUCUGUGGUUGAGACCUGGGCGGGGUACUGGAUGUAUGUGAACGUGACAGCCGGCAUGGUCGUCCUCUUGUCCAAGUGGAGCAUUUGCUACUGUGCAGAUUACGACUCGACGGCCGUUUCUACGAGGAUAACGGGCGAGUCUUUGUCUUCCCUGGACCGCGUGAUUUUUGUUGAGAAUGGUGUCUCGGCCGACUGCGGAGUGUCAGAAUUCGACUAUCGGAUUGCGCGAGAUGGCCCCAAAACAGUGGGUGGUCAGUGGCUGAUGUGCUAUUGUGCCGGCUACGAAGGCUGCCUUCUGCCGCAACAUUUCACAUCGCUUGCCGGCAUGCUUACGGUUUUGGGUCCGACUCCUAGCACGCAGGACCAGCUUUGCUACGCCGGCAAACCCUGCAACGUCACCUUUCAGGGCCAAGGCCUAGGGCCCUCGGAUCAGGUUGCGUUCAUUCGGUCCGGCGGCGAAUGUGGUGUCACUGACAGGGACACGCGCUUGACUGGGAACGAAUACGUUUCCAACCAGCGCCCUGUCAUUGGCAAUGGGCAGUACCAGCCCGUGCAGCUGAGCACGCAGCUUUUCGCACAAGUCCAGGCAUCCUUGACUUCUGCGGACUUGCCCCAGGGAGGAUCAUGGCACAUCUGCUACUGCACUGCCAACCAUGGGAGCUGCGACGACCCAGCGGACUUCGCUGCCAGCGCUGGGACGUUGGUGGUGGCGGGGCUCUUCGCCCAGGAUUUUGCAUGUGUGGCUGGUGCCCCGUGCUCGAUAGGUGGCACUGAGAGUGUGUCGGCAAAUGUUGGCGGCAGCAGCAGUUAUGUUGCGACGACCGCUCCCACCAACUGGGGCGUGACGAUUGCAGGACCCACGGAUCGUCUCUAUGGCGAGGGUAUUGCAGCCGGCGAUCGGCUGAUGCUCAGCAGUGCUGGCGACCCAAACAUCUGUGGGCAGGACAGCCCUGACACGCGGCUCCUGUCCGGGGGCCAUCGCGCAGUCGACUCCGCGUGGGUUGUUCCACUGGCAGGUGGAGAGGCGGGGGAUCUCCCACUCGGUGGACAGUGGAAGCUCUGCUUCUGCGUGGGCGAUCAGAACUCUUGCGGCGAUCCAUCUGACUUCGUGAACAUGGCGGGGAUUUUGACGGUGAAAGGCCCCUCCUCCAAUGACCAAAACCAGAGCUGCACGGCGGGCCAGAGCUGUACGCUCGGACCCUUCGUUGGAGAGGGCCUGGCGACCGGAGAUCAGGAGUCGGAAGUCCAACUUCCACAAGUCGUCAUUCUUUCUAUUUUGAACAGUUUCCUUCCCACUCCCGAUCUCCUCCUGUGGAGUGAGCGCUCAGGAAUGGAGAUGUUGCGGCUUCGGGAUCCAAAUGCAGCGAUUUUCUUGUCGCAGAUUUUCGCUGAAGCAGUCGGGCGCAGAUGGCUUGCGCAGGCACUGGAUGCGAGCCUCUCUUUGCCUGCCACUGGUGGCGAAACAGGGUUUACCCGCCGGGGCGGCGUUUGGAAGAUGUGCUACUGUGCCGACUACUUUGGCUGCGCGGAGGACGGGUUCUUCACGGCUCGCCUCGGCUACCUGACCAUCCUGGGGCCUAGCUGGGACCAGCACGCCACAUGCACGGCCGGGCUAGCUUGCAGCUCCUUGGCACAAGCAACCAAGAGCAUUUUUGCUACCUAUCGGAUGAAGAGACAACAAGGCUUCGGACCCAUCGAGGGUCAGGGCCUCUCCGACCAGGACCUCGUGGCCUUCGUGGAGGGCUCAGCCGCAAAGGAAGGCUCCGAGAGCGCUGAAGCAUCGCAUGUGGCACAGGUGACGGAGUCCAUCAAGCAGUGGGAAUCUGUGGUGAUGCCGGGUCGGACCAUCUUCGAUGCAACCUUUGGCUCUUUUGUCCAGCUCGAUGCUGGCCUCAUGGUGAACUUGACUGCCGCACAGCUCCCUCGCGGAGGAGUGUGGAAGAUGUGUUAUUGCACUGGUGGAGGCUCUGGCGGAUGCACGGCCAUUGCUGACUUUGGAGCUCGCUUGGGGCUGCUCACGGUGCUGGGGCCCUCGCCGAACGACCAGGAUGCCACAUGUUUCGCCGGCAGCGCCUGCGAUUUGGUUGGUGCAGCCAGCAUCCAGGGCCAAAGUUUGUCCACAGACGACAAGGUACUGCUCGUCUCUGGAUUGUGUGGCAGUGGGAGCGUGGAUGCAGCUGCUGGUUUCGGGGAAGCGAAGCGGCUCACAUCACUCGGCGUGGGACCCUCCCUGCGUCUGGCUGCAGAAACCUGGCGGGCGGCGGAGCUGACUGGUGGCACUUGGCAGAUCUGCCACUGCAUUGAGAGCUCUGGCGGCUGUGCUUCUGUGGGUGACUUCACCGCUGCAAUUGGCAUGCUGACCGUCAUCGGACCAAACGGAACCAGUCAUGUGACCUGCCAUGCAGGGGCAGCCUGCAGCUUUUGGGUGCUUGGAGAGGGCAUCGCAGCUUCUGACCAAGUCAUCGUAGUGGCGAAGGGGGGCAGCUGUGGCACCAGUGCUGCAGACACUUCUAUUUGGCAGGGGAGCGCCCUAACCAUCGCAGCCGACGGCACGGUGUCGGUGACGGCCUCUGAUCUGCCCCUGGGUGGCCAGUGGCUGAUGUGCUACUGCUCCUCGAGCACAACAUGCCUUCAGGAUUUGGACUUCACUGGCACAGUCGGGAUGCUGAGUGUUGUCGGGCCAGCUCCGACCACUCAGACGCAGAUCUGCGUGACCGGAGUGGCCUGCACCCUGGGAGAGUACCGCGGCUUCGGGAUCAGCGGUGCAGAUUAUGUGGGGAUCAUCGACUGUACACCAGACCCUGGUCAGAUUGUGGACACCUGCUGCAGCUCCUAUGUGUGGUCGUCGUUUCCAGGCGGCGAUCGGCUCCAGCAGAUCCAGGUAACGUCCAAUGCGGCAUAUGUGCAGAUCUCUGCGCCUCAAGUCCUUCCCGGAGGCCAAUACGCCGUGUGCCACUGCAUGGGAGGGGUGUGCUCUGGGGCGGUGGCCGUCUCCGCCUUUGGCCUGCUGGAGGUCCUCGGCCCAUCGUCGGUGCUUUCAGACUCCUGUGCGGCGGGCGCCAGCUGCACCCUCGUGAGCCUGGCGGGCCAGGGCAUCGUGAAAGGAGACCAG